CACUGCCCUUGGCCACCAGCUCUCACCAGCUCUGGUGCCUCCUCACAUCUCUCAGCAUGGCGCUGCCCUGGGCCCUCACAGUCCUGAGCCUUCUACCUCUGCUGGACGCCCAGAACCCGGCAUGUGCCAACCUCACAGUGGCACCUAUGACCAAUGCCACCCUGGAGAGGAUCUCUGGCAAGUGGUUUUAUAUCGCCUCAGCCAACCGGAACCCGGAGUACAAUCAGUCUUCCCAGACGAUUCAGGCAGCCUUCUUUUACUUAACCCCCAACCACACGGAGGACCAGAUCCUGCUCCGAGAAUACACAACCAUGGGGGACAAGUGCAUCUACAACUCCAGUGACCUGCGGGUGCAGCGCGAGAACAGGACGAUCUCCAAAUACGAAUGGGGCAGAGAACAUUUUGCCCACCUGCUGUUCUUCAAAGACCCCAGGACCUUCUUCCUUGCUGCCUACCUCGAUGACGAGAAGAACCGGGGGCUCUCCUUCUACACUGACAAGCCUGUGGCAACCCAGGAGCAACUGGAAGAGUUCCAUGAAGCCUUGGCGUGCCUGGACAUGCACAAGUCGGAAGCUGUCUACACCGACUGGAGAAAAGAUCAGUGUGAGCCACAGGAUUCGCAGGAUGAGAAGGAAAAGAAGACUGACGAGGAGGAGUCCUAGGAGAACAGUGUUUGAGACCAGACCUCUGGGGCUUUGGGGACCAUCCUUACCCCCAACUCCUUUUUCGUACCUCGGUUAUUUCGUCCCAUUGCAUUAAUAAAGGGUCCGGAGUUGGGACAGUCA